AAAAAAUGUAAAGAGAAAUUUUUUUGGAACAGAAAAAAAAAAAAAAAAAAUCGGAGAAAGUAAACCUACAUUAUCUUCUCAAAACUAUCUUCCUCUUCUUCUUCCUCCUCCUCUCUCUGAAAUCGGAAAAAUGGUAUCGACGAGUGCAGUGUCUCCCCGAGUCUCAAACCUAAGCGGACUUGCUGACUGGAAAAGGCCUAGGCUUUCUUCAUUUCAUUUAGGUAAUCUGAGCUUAAAUCCAAAUGUAGUCGGUAAGCAGCUUAUAUCUCAGUCUGGCCAUUGGAAAUCUGGGCGUAGCAGUAGGUCUCUUUGUGUACAUGGUUUGUUCGGAGGGAAAAAGGAUAAUAAUGAAAAGAGUGAUGAUGCACCAUCAAAGGCAGGAAUUCUUGGAAACAUGCAGAAUUUAUAUGAAACUGUGAAGAAGGCGCAGAUGGUUGUCCAAGUUGAGGCAGUUAGGGUUCAAAAAGAACUUGCUGCGGCAGAGUUUGAUGGUUACUGUGAAGGUGAGCUAAUUAAGGUAACACUAUCUGGAAACCAACAGCCUAUACGAACAGAGAUCACUGAGGCUGCAAUGGAAUUAGGUCCAGAAAAGCUCUCACUUUUAGUUAAUGAAGCAUACAAGGACGCACACCAAAAAAGUGUCCAGGCCAUGAAAGAAAGGAUGAGCAAUCUCGCCCAAAGUUUAGGAAUGCCUCCUGGCAUGAGCGAAGGAUUAAAGUGAAGGAAGGUAAAGGUGGAUUCAUCUCAUACUGGUCUCUGAAAUGAGCUCAAAUUUUGUAAUUGAGCUGGUUAGGAGUUCUCUCAUUUAUAGUGCAACUUGAAAUUUACAGCCUUGUUUAUGUUAAUGAUUAUUUUAAUUUAAUGAGUGAAAAAUAUUUGGGGACUUUGUGAUCUUCGUUAUCGUUGCAACAAGAAUACUGUGGCUACUAACUGCUCCUUUCAAACGCUAAAGGUGUGAUGAUGAGCCACAAUUGGGUAACUCAUUUCUGGUUGACAAUGAAUAUUCCUCGUAAAUUUUGGUGCCCUCGUACUAAAGAUGUAAACUUUAACGCUUUCUGGAAUCCUCUCUCCAAUCUAAAAGUGAAGCCUGAAUUUACUCA